AUGGAUUCUCCACCCACAAUAUCCAUCACGCGAGAACAGUUCAUUGUUUUCCACAAGUGUGACAGAGACCUUUUCACUCGUCUUGUCAUGGUUCUAAGACGAGACAUUAACCAGUCUUAUCAAGUCAUGAGCUUUCUCCUCCAUCUCGAGAAGAUUGCUGUCGUGAAAAACCUGAUAGCGAAUCUUGCCUCUGCACCAGACGUUUACGUCAACAUGGUCGCUGACCAAGUCGUGACGUGCAUGAUUUGCUUGUCCUACCAAGAUUUUCCAGCAUUCGUGACCUACUUGAGGAUUAACAACCUCUCCCCAGCGAUACCUCACAUCACGGGUUUGACAGGAGGGUACUUGACUCUCAUAGUCAUCCACAACCACCGCGGAAACAUCAUGUUUGAGAUGAAGCAGCACUUGACGCGUGUAUGCAUCCCAGCUUUUGAGGAUAUAUGGAUGUACCACAUGGAGUUUGAAGAGAGGAGAAAGGCGAUAGCGAAGAUGAACCAGCGGAGAACUAGCCGUGUUUUUCACAAGGGUGAAUCAAGUACAAGCCAGUUCUUAAGUGGUGAGCAAGUGCAUGCACAUGAUAGGACUAUCUUCCUCACAUUUUCUAGAGGAUACCCAGUCUCUAAAGAGGAAGUGCAUGCCUACUUCACGAGGACAUUUGGGGAAAUUAUUGUAGCGAUACACAUGGGUGGAGCGGGAGCGAAUGAACAAACGCUAUAUGCAACGAUGGAGUUAAAUUCUCCAGCCAUGAUUCCACAGAUUUUAAUAGCAGGGUUAGACAGGACCAAAUUCAUCAUCAAUGGAAAACAUGUUUGGGCUCGAAGAUUCAUUCCCAGUCACAAACCCUCCUCCAAUAAUCUUCUUUCCCGUUCCUUCUAG